AUGAAGGAGAAAGGCGGUAGUCCAAUUGAAAUCAGUGAUAUGGAAAGUGAUGUAUUCAAAUCAUUGCUCCACUUCAUAUACACCGACUCACUGCCCGUUCCUGAGACAAGUAGUGGGGGUGAAACACGGAGAGACGCGGUGAUGGCUAGCCAUCUACUUGUUGCAGCUGACAGGUACAACAUUGAGAGACUGAAGCUGAUAUGUGAAGAGAAGUUGUGCAACCUCAUCGACUCCAAUAUCGUGGCGACCACUUUGGCUCUAGCUGAGCAGCACGGCUCUUAUAGAGUCAAAGAUGCUUGCUUUGAGUUCCUUGUUUCUCCUUCCAAUUUGGAGGCGAUGAUGGCAAGUGAUGGUUACAAGCAUCUGAAGAAUAGCUUCCCGUCUGUUCUCAGAGAGCUGGCUGCUAGCUUCCUGCCGGCCGAGCUGAAAGCGGUCAAAGAUAUUAUCAUGACAAUUUAG